AUCCUACAUCUUCCCACUUUUCAUAUCCCUAUACGCCCUUAUCCAAUAUCCCACAAGGUAUACACAUAGAAUCCAGAGCUGGGUAUUGGCCAGCAUGUUCGAACCGCACCUCGGGAUGAACGACCCUUCAGGAGGGGAUAACAAGUCGUUCAACGACGACUCGAACACGUCCGCCAAGGACUUGCUGGCCGAGUUGGAUAGGAUCGCUCCGAUCAAGGCUUUCGAUGCGUUUCCAAAGGUACAAUCGACAUACACCGAGCGGUCCAGAAGAGGAGGCAUCCUAACAGCCCUCGUCGGGGGGAUCAUCUUUCUCCUCAUCCUCAACGACCUGGGAGAGUUCAUGUUCGGCGCCCCGACGUUUUCGUUCCACGUAGAUCCUACGGUGGAUACGAAAGAGUUGCAGUUGAAUGUGGAUCUGACCGUUGCUAUGCCUUGUCACUACCUGUCGAUCGACGUGAGGGACGUCGUUGGGGAUAGGUUGCACUUGUCGGACGAUUUCGUCAAGGAUGGGACCGUUUGGGAGACGGGUCGAGCGUUGAACGUACAAUCUUGGCUGAUAAAUCAAAUAUACGAACCUGAUAGACCUGCGGCAGCGACGAUCCCCUCUGCCAACCAGGUCGUCCAUGACGCCCAUCGCGGUUCCCGAACCCCCUUGACUCUCCCUAAACCAACCAGGCAAACAUCUACCAGCUCCGGCCUCCGUCGAAUAUUUUCUUCCCUCUUCGGCUCCUCCUCCUCAUCUUCAUCCCAACCUGUGAACCCGAACGUAUCCAACCGACGCCCUCCUAGCCCGAAAGAUAACUUACGGAGGAACAUUAAAGGGUUCAGGAAGACGGAGAAUUGGAGACCGACCGAAGGGCCUGAGCAGGGGAAGGCUUGUCGGGUGUACGGGAGCGUCGGGGUGAAGCGGGUUACGGGGAAUUUACAUGUUACGACGUUGGGGCAUGGGUAUAUGAGUUGGGAACAUACGGGGCAUGAUCUGAUGAAUCUCUCGCACAUCAUCCACGAGUUCUCGUUUGGGCCUUUCUUCCCUGCGAUCGCCCAGCCUUUGGACAUGACCUACGUCAAGACCGAGGAGAAAUUCCCGAUCUUUCAAUACUUUUUGAGCGUGGUCCCGACGACGUAUAUCGAUUCGAGUCGACGCAAGAUCCAGACUAGUCAGUACGCGGUGACCGACUAUUCCCGUACGGUAGAACACGGACGAGGCGUCCCCGGCAUCUUUUUCAAGUUUGACCUCGAGGCGCUGAGCAUGACGGUCGAGGAGAGGACGACGACGUUGUAUCAGUUCUUGAUCAGGUUGGCUGGGGUGAUCGGCGGGGUAUGGACGACGGCAGCGUUCGCACUCCGGAUCCUCACCCGGGCGGAAAAGGAAGUCAAGGUCAAGGUGCUCAAGACGGAAAAACCGUACACGCCGAGCGUACUCCCGAGUCCCGGAGGAGGUGGAGGUGGAGGUGGUAUGGGAAGUGGGAAGAUGGGGAUGGCGAGGAGGAGCAGUAGUUAUUUCGGACAGGUGGAUGCGGGGUAUCGAUAGACUCGACUUGACUCGCUGAGGGGUUCCUUGUAGAUGAAGAUGCAACGAUGUCAAUCUCGGAUCCGAUGGACGAGUCAGGGAGAUAAGGUUCUCGGUGGGUUUUGGAGUGAACUCGGUAGUAAUUCUCGAGUCAACAACCAUCUCGAGCGAUGAGCGACGUCUGCUGCUUGAAAACAUAUAAAGCAAGACUAGACGACUGGUCUUACUGCGAGGUGGAUGGUGGCGAGAUAGCAACAGGUUUAUCAUAUAAACCAUAGAUCUUUCAUCAGCAUGACCUCGUUUCCUUCGUCGGGAUCGUUCAUCGAACAGGUUCGGACGAGUUGCAGGAACGUCAGGCAGGAUGCGGGGAUCAAGGUG